AUGGUUCUUGUGAACGCCCAGGACCCGACGCCCGAGGCCGCUGCCUCGGGCCGUGCCGCGUUGCCGGAUUAUGUCACGACGCCAAACGCCGUUUUCGACGAUGAAGGGGUCCAGUGGAGAUACGGCAGAGCGCCAGACUACACAAAAACUCGCAAGGUCUGGAGGGAGGGCAAGAAGAUGAGCCACAAGGCUGGCAGCCUCGAAGAGAUCGUGGAGAACUUGGUCAAGAACUGGGAGGUCGAGGCCUCUUUCAAGACACGGCUUGAGGACUGGCGGACCGUCGACCACGCGAAAUACACCUUCUCCGUCAACGGGGGCCCGCCGCAGACGGGCGAGCACAUGCUCAAGGUCGGCACUUACAACGCCGUCAUCACGCCCAACGAGUACUACAGUCCCGACUACUCCGACUUCGCAUCGAGCCACAAGACUUUCAAAAGGAUGAUGCCCAACUUCGCGUGGGAGGUCCUUGAGGUCUACAGCGGCCCGCCCUGUGUGGCUUUCAGGUGGCGUCACUGGGGGUACAUGAAGAACGACUACGUGGGAUUUAACGACAAAGGAGACAAAGUCACAGCCAAGGCUCAUGGAGGACCCAUCGACAUUGAAGGCGUGACAAUCGCGAGGGUUGACGAUCAGCUCCGCUUGCAGGCCGUAGACACUUGGUUCGACUCGCUGCAGAUGUUUAGACAGAUCGCCCCGGAGGGCGUGGUCAAGAAAGAGGCCAAGACUGAUAACAGGGGGCCCGAAGCCAGGUUCGACGAGGCGGUGGCGCAAGAUGCCAAGCUGUCGCCUGAGGACAUAAGUAAACUGCACAGCGAUGUGGUGAAUGGUAAGAGGUCAGGAGGAUGUCCUGUGAUGAUGAAUAGGGAGUAA